UAUCAUAUAGUAUCUAGGGAGGAAUUAGAGGAUAGGAGGAAACAAAUUGGGCCUUAUUUUGGACCAAAAGUGUGUGUAACGUGCUUCUGACAAGUUUGAAGAGAUAAUACAUCUGGAAAUCAUGCAAGGGAGGGUAUUCCAGUAAAUUCGUUGCGAUACAGUAGAGUAUUUACUAAAGGCGGGAAAAUUCUGCUAAAGCUUCCAUAUGGUGAAUUUGGAAGUGCGGCCUCCGUGAAUCGAUCGAUAGGAGAAAAAGAGAAUGGAGAGAAUAAAUGUAGCAGUUAGAUCGAGGCCUCUCUGUGUGGAGGAUGCCAAGAACAGCCCUUGGCGAAUUUCCGGCAACUCCAUCUCCAUCCCUAAUCACUCUUUCAAGUUCGAAUUCGAUCGGAUUUUUGGGGAGGAAUGUAAAACGGUUGAGGUUUACGAGGCUCGGACCAAAGAAAUUGUUGCUGCCGCAGUUCGUGGAUUUAACGGUACUGUUUUUGCUUAUGGGCAAACCAAUAGUGGAAAAACACAUACAAUGCGAGGUUCGGCUACUGAACCAGGAGUCAUCCCGCUGGCGGUGUAUGAUUUGUUUGACAUUAUACAAGAGGACAUGGAUCGGGAGUUUCUUUUACGAAUGUCCUAUAUGGAGAUCUAUAAUGAAGAAAUUAAUGACUUGUUGGCCCCUGAGCAUCGAAAACUGCAGAUUCAUGAAAGUAUUGAGCGGGGAAUUUUUGUUGCUGGCUUAAAAGAAGAAAUUGUUGCCUCUCCAGAGCAAGUCCUUGAACUUAUGGAGUUUGGAGAAUCUCAUAGGCAUAUUGGAGAGACAAAUAUGAACUUAUACAGCAGUAGGUCUCAUACAAUUUUUCGUAUGAUAAUUGAGAGCAGGGAUAAAUCUGAAGGUGAGGAUUCAGGCAUUUCUUGUGAUGCUGUCCGUGUAUCUGUUCUGAAUUUGGUGGACCUUGCUGGCUCAGAGCGUGCUGCGAAGACCGGUGCAGAAGGUGUUCGUUUGAAAGAGGGCUCUCACAUUAAUAAAAGCCUGAUGACACUUGGAACUGUAAUUAAGAAAUUGAGCGAAGGCGCUGAGAGCCAAGGGAGUCAUGUUCCCUAUAGAGAUAGCAAACUCACACGUAUUUUGCAACCUGCACUAGGGGGGAAUGCAAAUACUGCAAUCAUAUGUAAUAUUACACUUGCACAGAUUCAUGCUGAUGAGACAAGAAGUAGUCUCCAAUUUGCAAGCAGGGCAUUACGUGUUACAAACUGUGCUCAUGUUAAUGAGAUUUUGACAGAUGCUGCUUUGUUAAAGCGUCAAAAGAAAGAAAUUGAGGAGCUUCGAGCCAAAUUGCAGGGUCCUCAUUCAGAGCAUUUAGAAGAGGAGAUUCUCAUUCUACGGAAUACAUUAUUACAGACUGAAUUGGAGAGGGAGCGGAUAGCUUUGGAGCUGGAAGAGGAAAAGAAAGCUCAAGCUGAACGCGAGAAGAGGUUGCAAGAGCAGGCCAAGAAAAUUGAGAACUUGAGCUCAAUGGUAUUGUGUUCAAAUAGGGAUGAGAACCGUGAUUAUUACAAGAAGGCAAAGAGGCGUGAUACCUGGUGCCCUGGCAAUCUAUCAAGGGAGACUCUUGGGGAGUUGCACUCUACAGUCCAAGCAAAGGCUUCUGCUGUUAAACCUGUGAAAGCUGGGCGUGACAUGGGACCACUUCUUCCUUUUGAGGAGCUAGUAAAUGAAGUUACCAUUAAUGCCUCUUGCAAGCAUGAGGAAGAUUGUGCUAGUAAUGCAGUGGAGGACUGUACUCUUCCUGAUGCACGAGCUUUGUUGCAUGUUACUAGCAGGAGAAAAGUUCCACUCAGGAAGAAAAGCUUACUCGUGGAGGACGAUGAACUGGCAGAUGCACAAGCAGAAUAUGAGAAUUUGCUUUUAAAGUUUGAAACUCAGUGGAUCACGAGUGAGGUACAAAUUGAUUACUUAACAAGAAAACUGUCUGAGGCUGAUUUUGGUCUGGAUGAGACUUGUAAGGACCAUUCCACAUAUCAUCCUAAUAAAAUUACCACUCAUGGGGACACAAACAUAAGUUUAAGGGAUUCUGAAGCUAUUCUUGUGAUAAAGCAACUUCAAGAAAAGAUUAAGAUGUUAGAGGUGGAAAAAUUUUCAAGCCAACAAAAUUUGGAUUGUGUUGUUGAGUUAGCAACAGAGCAGAACAUAUGUGCUAGGGAAAAGUAUGAAGAGCUCUAUGAAGAGCUUUUAAAUGCACGGGAGGAUGCAAGGGUGGCUUGUGAGCAAUUAAUUUCUACAGAAUCAACCACAGUAAGUAAUGAGGAAACUUUUGACUCGAUGAAACUAUUAAUGGAAGUCCAUGAAAUUAUCUCGGAAGUUCACGCCUCAAGAAAUGUUGUCGAGAGUGUCCCUUCAGUUGUUGACGAAUUUUUUGAGAGUUUCUCUGCUAUAUUAAACCUAUUCGCUGAUCUUAAGUCUUUGAUAAACCAGAACUCUGUGCAACUGAAAGAUAUUAUUAAUAACCAUGAGACGUUACACAGUUUUAUGAGUUCCAAAAUUACUGAACUUGAGAAUGAGAAGCUUUUUUUGUACAAUCAAUCUGGGGAUCUUGACAAUCAGAUACGAGAAUUAAAUCUCAAUGUUCAAAAUUCUGAAAAGGCAUUAACAGAACUUUCAGAAGAAUAUGAAAUGGAAAAAGCUGACCUCCUUUCUCAAAUUCGAACUCUUGAAAAGGAAGUAUCAUGUUUAUCAAAUUGUUCUUUGGCCAGGGAAAAGGAAACUAUGAGAAAAGAUCUUGAGAAAACAAGAACAAGGUUGAGAGAGACAGAGUUCAAGCUUAAGAAUGCCAUCCAGGAGAAAACCAAACUUGAGGGUGAAAAGGCAUGUGCAAACAGAGAAAUAAAACUCUUGCAUGGACAGAAGGCUAUUCUUGAACGUGAUAUUAGCAAAUGUGACUCACUUACUGGGAGAAGGCGUGAUUCCGUUAUUGACAGAAGUUCAAAUGUAUUCGAACCGAAAAGGGCAAAGGGUCUUUCAGUUGCCAUCGAGCAAACAAUGCAGGAAGAAUACAAAAAGCUGGAAGUUCUUGCAUUUGAAAUGGAGACAACUAUUGCUUCUCUGGAAGAGGAAUUAGCAGCUGCUAAUGGGGAAAAGGAACAGGCCACAACUAGAAAUGAAUGUGUGGUUUCAGAACUCCAUGCCCUGUCUGACAAGUUGAGCAUGUCAAACUCAGAACUGAGUAUGUUGCAGGAGGAAGUUUCCAGCCUAAGGCUACAUUUGGAAGAAUUUAAGUUCUAUAAUCAAAAACUGGAAAGCUCUUUUAAUACGGUGGUAGAACAAAAGGAAGAGAUGGCAAUGCAACUCACGGAUGCCCUUUUAGCAAUGGAGGAAGAAAAGGCAAUAUGGUCUGCUAAGGAGAAAGCUUCCAUUGAAGCCAUUGAAGAGAAAGCAAAGUCAUAUAAUGCUGAGAUCAUGCUUUUAUCAAAAGAGAUGUCACAGGUGAAAAAUGAAUUGGAGUUCUGCAGAGAACAGUGCAAGGUCCUUGAGGAAAGAGUGACAUUUUAUGAGGAAAAUGAGAAAUUGGAGAAAUGCAGUAUGGACAAGUCUUUACGGAAUGAUCAACUAAGAGAUGACCUCAGAAUGGCUGACAAUCAGAGUGAAAGGUCGCAAGAAACUUUGAAGUCAAAUCUGGAGAUGCCUUCUUUGGAGCAUCGCCGUGCUUGUGAGGAAGUGGAUAAGCUUCGGAUGGAGUUGAGUGUGGUCAGUAAAGAAAGAGAAGAUUUCUUAACCCGGGUUAGAGAGUCAGAUGCAGGAUCAGUUCUGACUGAUGACUUCCAGAAUAUUAAAAAUCAGCUCCUUAUUAUGACAAUGGAAAGGGAUAAGUUAAUGACUCAGAUUGAAGAGCAGCAGAGCCAUGAAAUUGCAUUGGAUUUGUGCAAGGAGAGUUAUGAUGAAAUGUUAUUGAAGGCAAAAACUAAAGUGGAGGAGAUGACUGGGAGACUUUCUAAACUGGAAGUGAAAAUGCACAAUGAUGAGAUCAACAACAAUAAGGUUAAGGCAAAGCUCAGAAUGAGGCUUCAAGGGGCACAGAUGAAGUUGGAUACUUACCGUCUUAGAUACAAAGAGGCAAUAGAUGAGACAGAAUUCAUGAACCGGAGAUUCGAGGAGGCUUCAGCAAAGCUGAAGGAUCAGUUGGCUUCAUAUGGCACUGAGGUCCUCAACCUCAAGAGACAGAUUGCUAUAAAGGGCAAUGAAUGAAUCCUACUUUAAAAGCUUCAUUCGAACACUUUGGCAAUAUACAAUUAUUAUUAUUAUCUAUUUUAAUUUAUUCCAGGCAUCUUCUCUAUUGUAAAAUUACAAGGGAUUUAUGUUUCUAGGAUUGCACAAUUUUAAAGAAGCCCAACAAAGCUGAGCCUUGUAUAUCUUUAGGCGUUUUUGGUUUAGCAAUCAACCUUGGAAUUUGAGCUUGCACUUGGCUUAUGUAACUGUUCCUUUUGAAAAAGUUAAGAUAUAGAUGUACAUGAUGUAACCUUUCAGCGGCUUUUCCUACUAUAAAGAGUUUGAUGGUUCUUUUUGUAUUUGCGA